AUGCCUCGGACUCCAGGCUUCAGCCAUCAAAUUCACGCACAAAACAUUCCCGCCAAAUGGCAACUUUUGAUUGUUCCCCAAAAGUUUUGUCCGAUUUCAGCAAGAGAGGCUAGUGAGAAGAAGGAUAGAGCAAAUGUCCUGGCUUCCCCGUGGGAGUGGGGCUGCAGCCGCCCGCAAGUGCCCAGCGCCGAGCUGCCCUCAGCUCUGUCCCGGUGCCCCGGAGGCCGGGGAGAGGCCGGGCAGGCUCAGCCCGGUGCCGGAGCCCCUGUGCCCCGGGGAGAGGCCGGGCAGGCUCAGCCCGGUGCCGGAGCCCCUGUGCCCCGGGGAGAGGCCGGGCAGGCUCAGCCCGGUGCCGGAGCCCCUGUGCCCCGGGGAGAGGCCGGGCAGGCUCAGCCCGGUGCCGGAGCCUCUGUGCCCCGGGGAGCCUCCGCCACCCGCGCAGGCAGCUCGGGUCCCCGAGGGGCGACUGCCUCCUCCACGGGGGAGCCUCCAGUCCACGCGUGGAGGCUUUGCCAGCGUUUUCCAGGUGCUGCCAGCCACCAAGGGGCCCGAAGGACCUGCCUCUCUGCGGGCGGGGAAUGCUGCGGGCAGUGCCAGGGAGCUGAGGGUUAUCCCCCAGAGCCGACUGUUUCCCCAGGACAGUGCGGAUUUGAGCCCUUGAUAUUUGGCUUAAUUUGUAAACGAUUAAACGAAAUAGAAGGAGAACAACCCUCUACUCUGCUAAAAGCCAGCUGCGGAGGGGAGGAAAGAGCGUGGUUUUGCGUGUUUAUGCGGGCGAGUCGCGCACUGGACAUUACCCCCUUUCAAAGAGUAAAUUCACUUGGGAGUUUCCUAACUUUCCUAAGGAAGGACCUCCGGGAAUGGCUCCCCGACAGGCGCUGCCGGGGUGGGGACUGCACCAGUCAAGACAGUGGUCAGGAGCAGAAACCAGUUUGCAGUCGUUUCCCCGCUGGCGCAGUGGCUUACGAGAAGCGCUGA